AUGGCCCGAGGCCGCCGCCAUCCACUCCAUGGAGCUCUGCUGAUCGCCUUCUUUCUCCGUGUUUCCCUCGCAUACCGGCCAGGGGACAUCGUUCCGAUGAGCAAGGCCGGCCAGUACCACGCGGUGAGGCCUCUCUAUCUGCGGCGAAACCCUACCUUCAUCCCUCGAUCCGGCCAUUUGGAUUGAUUUCUCCGUGAAUCGAAUCUUUCAGUCGAGAACCGUCUGGGAGGAUGUGAUCGGCCGCAACUGCCCCAUGUUCGCGGUCAAUCGCGAGGUUCGGUGCUCGGAUCCGCGUCUCCUCGACCUCCUCUUCCUGCCGUCGAGGACUGGCCUGACCUAUUGGCUUCAUAUUUCAGGCUCUGAUUCCGAUUCAGAAACCUAUUGGCUUCACUGGCGCGGAUCCUUACAAAAUGUAUGUCGCUCCUCCUGAUUUCUGAUAGCCACCAGGCCUCUUAUUUUCUACCUUGUUUUAUUUUUUGCUCAUUUUCUGAAAAAGAUGACGCAUCCCGAGUUCUAGAGAUCUCUUAAAGCAUGCAGCCAUUGAUUCAACCCUAGAUGAAAUGCUGAAGUAUAAUCUGAUCAGUAGGUCAAUGAUCGUAGGGUUUACGUUCCCAAAGAAGCGUAGCUAUCAUAUUGGAGUUAAGCAUCCAUGCUCUGUCAAUGAAUGUGUGUGCUGGUUGAUUAGGACUCUACUGAAAACAUCAGGAACCCUUGACCUUCAUUGAAUAGGAUGCUGAAAGUUUCUUCACUAGGUAAAAUAAAUGACAAAACCGUACAUCCUUUGGGUGAUUUCAGGUUGAUCACUUGGGGAUUUCAUUGAAUAUACCUUUAGACUGAUACCGCAUGCUUUAGAGGAUGCAACUAAUUGCAGAGAAGGAGAGGAAAACGUCGGCAUGCCAUGGGCAAAUUAUGAAGGAGGUAUUAUUAUUAUUAUUAUUGUUAUUAUUAUUAUUAUUAUUAUUAUUUUAUGACUAUUAUUAUUCUUGGGGCCAUUACGAAUCCUUUGGUAGUUUGGCUUUAUUCAACCUUAUCAAUUGUCUAUGGAUGCCAUACCUUGGAUAAGAAAUCAGACACAAAAGCCGAAUUAAAGUUAUGGCAAGCCUCUGGCACCUUGGAAGAGCUCCUUUGAACAGUGUGUUGCGGUUCUCCAUUCAUCCAAUUCAUCCAAUUCUAUUGAAGCAUUGAAAUCCCAAGUUCCACUCGUUCAAGCGUUUUUUUUUAAAUAUGGUUGACUUCAUUGGACUUGGCUAAGUUUUUCAACAUUGAGAUUCAUGAAUGAUCCUUCACGAGUAGACUUUGUAGCCUUCCCUUGCUACUGCUGAGUUAGUCAAAUGAAACGAGGUCAAUGCAUCCAUCCAAACUUGUUUUCGUCUUGCACGGUUUAGUGGCAGAUUUUUGUUCGUUCAAUUACAUGGGUCGCAUGCUUGGUUUCGCUAGAUUUCUUCAGAAUCUUCGCUGGGUAUAUCUUUCAGUCUGAGUUAUGAUUUCUGUGCAGAUCAUUUCAAGUCGGUCAUGAGAAGUUUCUUAUUCCCUGGCUUUUUGUGAUAAAUCGAAAGAGCGAAGAGGUUCCAAUGAUCGAUGUGCAACUGGUAAAAGCUUACCUCAUUUCUUUAACAAUAUUUUCUUUCUACGAGUUAACUUGAGUUUUAACUCCGAAGCUUUGUUGUGGCUGUGCGAUGCUUAUCAGAGGUACUCAGGCAAUGAUCUACAUGGUGUCACAGCGAAAGUUGUGGAUAUGCCUCAUCAUUGUACGUAAUUUUGAUUUUUUUUUAAUUUUUUUUUUGCUUUCUUAUUUCUUACUCCCCAUUCUUUCCUAUCUGUGCGCUAUUGUUUAUACAGAAAAAAUACGUUUUUUUUUUUUCCAAGUUUCUGUCAUGUUCUGGUCAUCAGGCAUAAGUGGGCAAAUGUGAGCAGAACACCAAGAGAGAAUUCCUUCUCACUUUCUUGUUCAAACUAGGGUUAGGUGUGUCUGUGUCUGUGUGCUCUAGUUCAACUAUGAUUGAUGGCUGCCCUACACUAUUGAUGUAUGCUUUAAUCAUAUAUAUUUCAGACAUCGAAAUCCACCCAGACAUAAAGAAGCAAUUCUGGACUCCAGAUCACUGGCCGAAGCAUGUUCUCAUUAGAUACACCUGGUGGGUAUCUCCCAAUUUUCUCUCUUCUCGAAAUAUAUCCUCCAAAAGCUGAGAUGCGAAAGGGUGUGGAUCUUGGCAGGGUGGAGAAGUCUGAAGUGGAUGUCAUCGCAGGGUUCUAUGUCCUAUUCGGAUCAGGUAACAUUCCCUGCUCUUUGGCCGAAUCAAAUCUUCCUAUUAUUGUUGUGUGUGCCCAUAUUCCACCAAGAGCUAGUCACUGCUAUUGGCGGAAUCAAAACUCUGGGAUUUAUAUGGUUCCAUUUGGGCAAACCAGGGCUGAUGCUGUCGUUCAUCCUCGCCAUCUAUGUUCUACAGUCUUCUCAGGACAAGAUAGCCAGGUAGAUAUACAUACGACACACUUCUCUACCUAUUUCAUUCUGAGGACCACGGCGGGAUCAGGGGUUGGGUGUCCGGUUGAGUCACUCGGUUCUGGCUUCUUUUCAGGUUCGUCAGAGAGACCGUUGCAGAGAGCAGCGGCAUGCCCGGCGUGGGAGGGGUGGCCAAGGUCGAGUGA